CACGAGUAUCGCCUCCUCCCGUCAGUUCACUCCCUGUGGAGAUGCGGUGUCGGCGUCGCUGGGUCUGUGCAGGAGCAGAGGCUGCAAACCCGGAGUGAGAGCACUGGACCCCUGCGGGUCAGUGGAACCUUUGCAGUUCCUUACCUUCUUCCAGGACCAGCAGAAAAUGAACAUAGUUCGGGGAUCAGUGUCAUUUGAAGAUGUGACUGUGGAGUUCACCCAGGAGGAGUGGCAGCGCCUGGGCCCUGCUCAGCGGGCCCUCUACAGAGACGUGAUGCUGGAGAUCUACAGCCACCUCGUCUCCGUGGGGUAUUGCAUUACCAAACCCCAGGUGAUCUUCAAGUUGCAGCAAGGUGAAGAGCCCUGGUCAUUAGAGAAAGAAUUUCUAAACCAGAAGUACCCAGGAUAUUAUGAAGUGGAUGUCCACAUUGAGAGGAACCAGGAAAAAGAAGAAAAACCACUGUGGCAAGUGAUAUUCAGUGAUAAAAAAACAUUGAGUAAAGAAGGGCAGAAAGUUUUAGGAAAACCAAUUAUUCUGGAUAUAACUCCAGAUUUUUCAGGAAAAAUGCCCUGUACAUGUGACUCAUGUAGAAUGAAUUUGCCUCUUGUUUCUGAAUUACUUGUUAGUGAUAGAAACUGUUCAAGAAAGAAGGCUGAUUACAUGAAUGUACGUGAAAAGUUGCAGCUUGAUAUUAAACAUGAGAAAGCUCAUACUGGAGAGCAGUCUUACAAAUACAAUAAAAAGGUGAAAGCUCUCAGUCAUAAGAAAGAUCAUCAGAAAUUUCAAACUCUGGAGCAUCCUGUGGAAUGUACAGAACUUGGAAACGUUUUACAUGAUGAGACUAUUGUCUGUGUUACAGCUCAGAAUUGUCUAACAGGAGAGGAAUCCUUCCAGGAUAAUGAACUUAGGAAAAACUGUGAUAAAGCAACUGUAUUUAACCAAAUGAGAAUUGGCAUAAGAGAGGAAAGCUUUGAUAUUAAUGAAUGUGGGAGAUCCUGUGACAAAAGCACCGCUGUGGAAUACAGUAAAGUUCACAGGACUAUGAUAAACUAUGAAUGUAAUGAAAGUGGAAAUAACUUCAACAGGAAUUCACCCUGCACUCAAUCUCAGCAAACUGUUACAAGACAGGGUGCUUUUGAAAGGAGUAAAUGUGAAGAGAAUGUGAGCCAGAGCUCAGCCCAUCUAGUACAUCAGAAGACACAAACUGGAGAUAAGUUUUGUGUUUUUAAUGGAUGUACAAAUGCCUUCUGCCAGAAGUUAGACCUUAGAAUACACCCGAGAACUCAGACAGAAGAGAAAUUCUACCAAUGUGGUAAAUGUGGGGAAUGUUUGCAUCAAAAUGUACUUCUCAGUGUGCAUCAGGAAAGUGACACAGGAGAGAAGUCAUUUGUAAGUAAUGAAUGCAGGAAAUCCUUUCACAAGAAAGCACACCUCAUUCAGCAUCAGACGACCAGCUCAGGGGAGAAAACUUACAAAUAUGAGGAAAACAUGAAAUCUUUUUGUUCAAAUUCACACACUAUUCAUUAUCCUGCUACUCAUAUGGGGGUCAGUCUCUAUGAAUGUAAUGAAUGUAGGAAAACUGUCUGUCAGACAUCAAACCUCAGUGAACACCUGACAGUUCUCACAAAGGAGAAACCUUAUGAUAAAAAUGGAUGUGGGAAAUCUUACAAGAAGUCCACCCUCUUAGUACACCAGAGAACACAAACAGAGAUGAAAUCCUAUCAAAGUAAUAAAUAUAGGAAAUCAUUCUCCAGGAUGGCACAGCUCAAAGAACAUCAGAGAAUUCACAUAGUAGAGAAACCCUAUGAAUGUACUGAAUGUGGGAAAACUUUCUGCAAGAUAUCACAUCUUGGAACACAUCAGAGAAUUCAUUCAGGUGAAAAACCUUAUGAAUGUAUUGAAUGUGGGAAAACUUUCUCUCACAAGACACACCUCACUGCACAUCAGAGAAUCCAUACAGGGGAGAAACCCUAUGAAUGUAAUGAAUGUGGGAAAACUUUUGCUGAUAAUUCAACCCUUAGAGGACAUCACAGAAUUCACACAGGGGAGAAACCGUAUAAAUGUAAUGAAUGUGGGAGGUCUUUUGCCCAUAUAUCUGUUCUCAGAGCACAUCAAAGAAUUCACACAGGGGAGAAACCUUAUGAAUGUAAUGACUGUGGGAGGUCUUUUGCCCAUAAUUCAGCCCUCAGAGCACAUCAAAGAAUUCACACUGGUGAGAAACCCUAUGAAUGUAAUGGCUGUGAGAAAACCUUUGCCCACAAUUCAGCCCUCAGAGUACAUCAGAGAAUUCAUACAGGGGAGAAACCAUAUGAAUGUCAUGACUGUGAAAAGACUUUUGCCCAUAAUUCAGCCCUCAGAGCACAUCAGAAAACUCACACUGGGGAGAAACUCUAUGAAUGUAUUGAAUGUGGGAAAACUUUUUCCCAGAAGACACACCUCAGUACACAUCAGAGAAUUCAUACAGGUGAAAAACCCUAUGAAUGUAGUGAAUGUGGGAAAACCUUCUCCCAGAAAUCAUACCUCAGUGGACAUGAGAGAAUUCACAAAGGGGAAAAACCUUAUGAAUGUAAUGAAUGUGGGAAAACCUUUGUCUAUAAAGCAGCCCUCAUAGUCCAUCAAAGAAUUCACACAGGAGAGAAACCCUAUGAAUGUAGUGAAUGUGGGAAAACUUUCUCCCAAAGGACACACCUGUGUGCUCAUCAGAGAAUUCACACUGGGGAGAAACCUUACGAAUGUAGUGAGUGUGGGAAAACUUUCGCUGAUAAUUCAGCCCUCAGAGCACACCAGAGAAUUCACACAGGGGAGAAACCCUAUGAAUGUAAUGAAUGUGGGAAAACUUUCUACAAGACAUCACACCUUAGAGCUCAUCUGAGGACUCGCACAGGGGAGAAACCCUAUGAAUGUAAUGAAUGUGGGAAAACUUUCUCCCAGAAGUCAUAUGUCAGUGCACAUCAGAGAAUUCAUACAGGGGAGAAACCCUAUGAAUGUAGUAUAUGUGGGAAACCUUUUGCCCAUAAUUCAACACUCAGAGUACAUCAGAGAAUUCACACAGGUGUAAAAUCCUAUGAGUGUAAUGAAUGUGGGAAAACUUUCUCCCAAAAGUCACACCUUAGUGCACACCAGAGAAUUCACACAGGAGAGAAACCCUAUGAAUGUAAUGAAUGUGGGAAAGCUUUUGCCCAAAAUUCUACUCUCAGAGUACACCAGAGAAUUCACACAGGGGAGAAACCCUAUGAAUGUACUGAAUGUGGGAAGACUUUUGUCCGUAAGGCAGCCCUUAGAGUACAUCACAACAGAAUACACAGCAGAGAGAAAACCCUUGCAUGUAAUGAAUCUGGGAUGUCCUAAAGGAUCUCAUAUAACAAACUGGAGAAGCUCAUGGCACAUAGACUGGCAAGUUGUUUCCUGUAAGUAUUUCUUUUUGUGCUAGGCACAUAGCUUGUCUAAAUUUCCCAGUCCAGGUGGGUAUGGUCAUGGAAUAUAAUGCUAUUACAUUUAAGGUAAGUCUGGCCUUACAGGUCACCUGAUAUUGUUCCUGUUUGUGUUAUACUGAAAUGGAAAAAUUUCCAUGGCGGACUUGGUUGCUGUGUAGUGAACAUAGAACACAAGGUUAAAGAAGCUAGAGUAUGAAUAAUUGGGUGAAACAGGAUUCCCCACUAACAUCUUCAACCAGGGAGUGAGUUAGUUUGUUUUUAAAGCAAGAAUUAAGUUUGUACUCUGUUCAGCUCUUACAGAUUUGGAUCAGUUAUAUAGCUUAGGCAACUGUCUGUUAGAGUGGGAUGAAAUUCUAUAAAAAUAAUAAAUGUCAAAAGACCUAUCAGAAUUCAAGUUACCACUGUACAUCAGAGACUGCGCAUGAGGAAGAAAACUUCUGUCCAUGUGCUGAAUAAUCACAAGCCUUCAUUAAAAAUCAGAGAACUCUCAGGGGAAAACACAAAGCCUUUACUGCCAAGUGAACUUGAUUAAACAUGAAAUAAGAUUAGACUAAAAUUUUAUAUUUUGAUAACUAUAAUUUUUGAACACAUACUGAGUUUGCAUCAGAUAAUUUUUUUCUGAGGCAAUGUGUCAGUUUAAGAGUUAAAGAUAAAUUCUUCACUGAGAACUGAUGUACCAAAAGUUGUGAUGUAUAUGUACUAUUAAGUUGUAUAGAAAAUAUAGAAGAAAAUAUUUACCUAUGCACAAACACUGGAAUGUGAAGUUUUAAAGAUGGAAGAAUAACGUGAACUCUGGACAACACCAAUAAAUAUU